CCGUCCGUUCGGUGUCCUCGGCGGAUCGCGCGGCGCUUCGGUCUGUGGUGCGCAGACGAGGAGCCGCCGGAUCUCGCGCUGGGUCUGGCGCGCGAUGGCAGCAGGACUCGCGAGCGACUCCGCGGUUCCCGGCGCUGCGUGAAGCGCUGCGCGUUACCAGAGCCACCCGUGAAAGGAGUUUCCAGCAGUUCUUCUCGAAGUGAUGGAGACACUGAGAGACACGAUGGCGCCUUUGUGGUGCUGAUGCUAUGAGCGUGAAGAGGUAGAGAGCGGAGCGGAGCAGAGCGGGAAGGAAUCCGAACCAGCGCCACGGGGCCGCCAUGCUGGCGCACAGCGUGAAGCUGAGGCCUGUGCCCAUCCAGAGCCUGUCGGAGCUUGAGCGCGCCCGCCUGCGGGAGGUGGCCUGCUGGCACCUGGAGGAGAGGGAACUCGACUGCAAGGUCUCCGUUCCCAGAGAGACUCGCAAGAGGAGGAAGUCCCUGCGCAGGAGGUUCGACUCCUUCUCCAAAGAGAAGAAGGAAAGAGAGGCAGUGCCCAAGGCCUUUGGCAUCCCGCUGGCCCAGGUGAUCGCCAAUGACCGGGCGCACAGACAGCGGCAGGAUGCGCUGAAGGAGAGUCGGCGAGAUUGCUUGGACCUGGAGGCCAGCGUGCUGCACUUCCGAGCCGAGAAACAGCAGCAACAACAACAACAACAACAACAACAACAACAACGGCAACAACGGCCGCACGCCAGCAGCGGCCCCCCCUGUCCCACCUCUGGCGGCCCCAGCAAGCCGCUCCAGCCCACCAUCCUGGACAGCACCUUCUGGUCCCACCGCAGGGGGGGCCUGUCUGUGGACUGCAUAUCAGACCUGGUGGAGAGUCAGUCCCGCCUGCUGGAGGCGCUGCAGCUCUCGCACCCCUACGAGCUGGACGGGAAGCGGGCCACGGGCCGAACCCAGGCCAAGCUGAGCCUGAACCCCAUCUACAGGCAGGUCCCACGCGUGGUCGACCUCUGCUGCAGGCACAUCGAGACCCAUGGCCUGCGGACCGUCGGUAUUUUCCGCGUGGGAAGCUCCAAGAAGAGAGUCCGACAGCUCCGCGAGGACUUUGACAUGGGUGCGGACGUCAUCAUGGACGAGGAACACAGCGUCCACGAUGUGGCCGCCCUGUUGAAGGAGUUCCUGAGGGACAUGCCUGACCCCCUGCUGCCCCGGGAGCUCUACCCCCUCUUCCUCCACGCUAACGCCCUGAAGGGGCCCGAGCAGCUCUCGUACCUGCAGCUGCUGCUCUUCCUGCUGCCUCCGUGCAACUGCGACACUCUGCUGCGACUGCUGACGCUCCUGCACACGGUGCAGUCCCACGCCCAGGACACCGUGGACCCCGAGAAGCAGGAGAUCCCGGGUAACAAGAUGACGGCGGCCAAUCUUGCGGUGAUAUUUGGACCGAACCUGCUGCAGAAGGAACGGGGUUCCGAGAAGGACCCGAGUCCCCAGGCCACGGACAUGGAGGACAGCUCGGCCGUCAUCUCCGUCACGCUGCAGCUCAUCCGGAACUACAAGCAGCUCUUUGUGGUUCCUGUGGAACUUCAGCAGGAGGUGCUGGUCUUCUCCGUUCACAGAAUCGUGCCGCACGAUGUUCGUUGUUACAUUCGGAACGUGGAUGGAGAAAAGGGUGUAACUGACCCACACCCACCACGAUUCUCCCUCCGCAGCGGAGGUCACCCGACCUCGACCUCAGAGGCCGACGCUGCAGGACGACGGGCCACCAAAGCAUCUCUGGACUCGGCGGGACUGUCGAGCGGAGAUGCGUCGCCUUCGGAGCGCACGGCCACACGCUUCCCCGAGCCCCAGGCGGAGGCGGACCCGAGCAGCGGCGUCAUCUUCGACGCCCUGCGGCUCGAUCGCAUGCAGAAGCACCCCAGCGAGAAAUCCAUCGCCCGGAUGCGGCAGUUCCACUCCCACCACAACCUCCUGAGUCUGGCUCGGCCCUCCAUGCGCCCGCAGUGCGAGGACAGGGAGGACGGCAGCCCCGUCGCGGGGAGGACGGUGCACUUCAGCCUGGGGGACGAGCCCAGGGCGAGGCAGCGGACGUCUUCCGCCGCGGAUGACGGCAAACCGUCGUCCACCAACUUUUGGGACUUUUUCAGCCGCAAGGCCGCUGCCGCUGACCCCUUCGCGUGAGCAAGUGGCAAACAUCGGGGCCGAAAGCGUUAGGAACUCUCGUAGGCCCGUAGGCCCGUAGGCCCGUAGCCCCACAAACAGUCCCUUCCGAUACUGACUCUGCACAAAGCAAUUUUUCACACUUUAUCAUAAUAAAGCAGAGUGUUUCACCAAUAGUGGGACUACGGACACCUGCAGCUGUGUCACAUCUUCCAGGACAGAGUCUUUUACUGCAGGCAGUGCACAAUAAAACUUGAUAAGAACACGGUGAUACCAGUGUACUGCAUGCACAGCGCAUCCCACGCCUGCUCUUGCCCACGGUAGCUUUGACACAGUACUACGUUUGUACACUUUCCACUUGUUUUACCGCUUAGCCAACAACUUUACCCAAAAUCUACUAGUAAUUUUACCCAAGUGUGCAGUUUGACAUUUUACUGAAUCAGUUUUCCCUCACGAGGGGUACAAGGGUACAGCCACAGGACUCCUCAUAUGUGCUCGAACCAACAACCUGUGGCUUUGCAAUCCGUUGCAGCACCUCCUGCCACAGUUUACAUCCUUACAAAUUCCUCUUUCCCCACAGCAGCUACUACAGUCCAACAGAGGAAACUAAAUGAAGCGAAAAGGUAGAAGGACCCAGAUGGUCUCUGGGAUGUUCCAGGAGAGCAGCCAGAAGCUGAGCUCACAGGUCAACUGUAAUGAGUACAUCGAUUCACAAGGGGGAGGCAGAACCCACAGCACUACGGUACAGUUACCGUGGUGAUACGUGCAAACGGAGACAUCAGGUUUUGUUGCCCAGUUAUUCCUAUUACAUCUGGAGCGGAUGGUCUCUUUGCCGGUUGUUAUGAAAACGGUUCAUAUUUCACACUGUAUUUUGCCGUGAAACCUGGGUUCUGCCGCUGAGACGUGAACUGCGUUUACCUGUACUGCGUACCUCAGUAAACUCACUGUAUUGCUCCUAAGCAGAAUGAACAUUGUUCACGUUUGAAUGGCAUCUUCAGAAAUCACAUUUUCUAGGAAUUGUUCUCACUUCCAGCAGGGAACCUUUGUUCCGCCGUACGAACGGAUCGGCUUUCCUCCUAAGAGCUCCGUGCGCUGCAGUUCUUCGUGGGCCGUUACUUCGAAUCCACAGCCGUGUGCCUCUGGGCCCUGAGCACAUCGACCAACUCCUGCAAGCGCUGUGCCAUACACAGCUGUUCAGGUAACUCGAGAUGUUCAUGGGAAUUGCAGCACCUUAGCAGAGCCCUGUACGAGGGAGUGGGAAGGCCAAACAUGCAGAACUCGAAAGGCCUGCACUGGCCCUGACAAACAAACCACUUGGGCUCCGCUCAGCAGGGCGAUUCUUGUAUCCGACGCUCGAUUUGAACAUAAUACCCACGUUUGGACAAAAACUCUUAACUGCACCGUGUUUCAGUGGCUCCACACCAACUCCAAUGGGUCGGUUGAACACUUCGCAUGAAGUGGAUGUUAGGAGGAAUCCAGUCUCUGGGAAAGGGUGCUGGUCCUUAAAUUUUAGUCGCAAUGCAAAAGGGGACAUGAAAAAGCUGACGGUCGCAAAAAGCCGGACACUGGCUGGUCGGCGUCUGCAUGACGCAGCUCUUUUGGGCAAAGGGCAAAUUGUUAUGAAAUCUGUUUUUUUUUUUUUUUCUCCCCCUAAAAACC